AUGGAGAAUGCAGUACCAGAAUUUGCUCGUCGUUUGUAUAAAGAAUGGCGUGAUUUUGUGGCCACGCCGAUUGACGGAAUCGAACUUACUUUGAAUGAGCAGGACAUGACAGAAGUUCAGGCUUUGCUAGAUGGUCCUGUAGGAACACCAUACGAUGGUGGGAAAUUCCGCCUCAAGAUAGUCAUUCCAAUGCAGUACCCUAUUGAACCUCCGAAGGCGUAUUUCUGCACGAAAAUAUUUCACCCAAAUAUCGCACCAACUUCUGGAGAAGUGUGCGUUAAUACAUUAAAAAAGGAUUGGAAGUCAAACCUUGGCCUGCGACACAUACUUUUAACAAUAAGGUGCUUGCUGAUAGAACCAAAUCCUGAAUCAGCUCUUAAUGAAGAAGCUGGGAAGCUGUUAUUAGAAGAUUACAAUGAAUUCAGGUCUCAAGCUCGGCUUCUCACAGAAGUUCAUGCCUUCUGGCAUAUUCGAGAGCAGUCCAAAAACAGCAGUGGAAAGACUAAUGCUACCGACACGUCAUCCAAUUCAUCUGAUCGUACACAAUCUAAAGCUGCUCAACAUAAUGCUUCCUCGAUUCGGAAAGCUCUCAAAAGACUUUGA